AUGGUCCGUGAAGACAACGGCCGGCUGCGGCGAAGCGUUCAGCGGCAGGAAUACGACGGGAGUGGGCCUCCGCCAGGGGAAGACGCAGGCUACGGUUCGGACGGAUACCCCGAGCGUGUCGGUGGGGAAGAGAUGUUCUUUGGCGGCGCAAGACGAACGACUGGAGAACCAGAACGAGUUGGCCACUGUGAUGAACAUGGAAACCGAGGAGUGGAGCUAGACAGCCGCUCGAGCGGCACUGGCCGAUGGUGCGUUGCACAACAGCAGGACGGCUGUUACCCCCCGGAGGAAGCCGAAUACGUGAUUCGUGAUUACCACCAUCAUGACCCCGAAGGUCUCGAAACUCGUAGCCUACCGAGGCAUUACGAUGUAGACGGGAGAGUGGAAGGGAAGUUCACGAAUCGUGAUGGUAAUUGUGAGAAAGGCGACCUCCAACCCAACGGUUACGCCGAUGGUAGCACGGGAAUUCAUGAUUUCGGCCAGCGGGGACCAGACGGGAGAAGUGGAGAGGAGAGUGGCGGGAGAGAAAGUUAUCGGUGCUCACCACGGGUUCGGUACCGCCAACACCACCGACAUGGAGACGAUCAUCACGAAAGCGCCCGUCAUGUACGCGAUGGAACCGGGGUCGGGUUUAUGGGGAGGGAUCCCCGCAACAGUAGUAGCAGCGGCAGCAGUGACAGGGGAUCCAUCGGGAGGCAAAAUUUCACCCAGGUUGAUGCCGUCGAGGGAAGCACCGUGGCGGAUCCUGGUCGAAGCAGGGCAAAACGCGUACAGUUUUCACAAGGCAUACAGGGGCCUGCCCAUGAGCCUUCGGUGCCGCGGUCGAGCGUUAGGCGGCACCUCGUUUCUCCGAAGGCAUUGCCAUCUCAAAGAGCCGCCGCAUCUCCGAAAGUACAAAAAUGCGCACAAGAUAGCCCAGCAAAGCGCUGGCGAUCACAAGCGGAUAGGUCGCUAUCACCGGUCUCGACCGGCACUCGGCCUUUCGCGGCAGAUAGCGAAGACAAGACGACGGUGAGCCCGGAAAAAGACGAUUCAACCAGACCGGAACUAGCAGCUAGAAUAGCUGGGUUGGGAGCACGGGAUAGUGCCGUUUUGGACACGUGGUCAGUGGUACUUGUGAAACACUGGACACACUACAUGUGUAUGUCGCUCACUUUUUCGCCGCAUGAUUCAUGUCUCCGCCAAAUUUCCGAAACCAAGCCGGCGUCGCUCAACGAGGCUCUGGUGAAAACGCCGAAAGACAUGCUUCUCUUCAGCAAGAAGGCGAGGCAGGUGGACUACAAGCCGUGCACCCUCAAAGAGUAUCGAGAGACCAAGCCCACAGGGUAUGUGGAGCUCGGCAAGCUCCAACCAGACCUUUACACGGACGAGCUUGUUGCGAAGGGGACGCUACAUACUCGUAGCUGGUCCAGGAGGAUCGGAGUGAAGCUGUUCGCCGUGCUAUCCUGCCAAAGAAUUUCAUCCACUCGUCCCCCCCACUCGCUCAUCCGCACCUUCCGUGUACACACCCACCGUCCUUCGCAGCGCGCAAACGCCGAGCGAAUAAAGGAGUUCUCGACGAACCUCAGGAAGAUCAACUCCGACACGGCGGCCGCCCGGGGCGACGGCGACCGCCGCCCCCGCCCCAAGAAAAAGGACCAGGACUCGAGAACCAGAGCGCUGGCGUUCGCGCGCAAGAUACCCCUCCCACGGAAGGUGGUCAAGGCGCAGCAGCCGCCCGCCGCCGACCUGGGGGACCCCGGUGAACGGAGAAGGGCCAAUCGGAGGGGGGGGAGUGGGGUGCCGGAGACUGAGGGGUGGAGGUCGGCUGAGAUGACGGAGCUGGAAGCCUUGGAGGCGAUGCACGACGACAUGAGGAAAAAGCUCCAGGAGGCGCGUUCGUCCUUCUGA